GGAUCGGCCUGGCUUCCUGUAUCAUCGUGUUCCUCCUCGACUGCUACUACAACAUCAUCCUGUGCUGGGCGUUCUACUACUUCUUCGCAUCGUUGACAACUGAGUUGCCAUGGCAGCACUGUGGGCAUGAUUGGAACACGGAGAAUUGUUCGGAAGAUUUCACGAAAACCCUCAACGGGACCAGCAAAUCCUCCGGCACCCUUAUGGAUCCCGUCACGGAGUACUGGGAAAACAAGGUUCUGGACAUCUCUGACGGCCUCCACCACAUCGGCAAGCUGAAGCUGGACCUGGCACUGUGCCUGCUGUUGGCUUGGGUUCUCGUCUUCUGUUGUAUCUGUGGGGGCAUCAAGUCCACCGGACAGGUGGUCUAUGUGACAGCGACGUCCCCUUACAUCUUCAUGGUCAUCCUGCUGGUGAGAAACUCCAUGUUGGAUGGCGCCAUGGAGGGAGUCAAGUACUACCUGACCCCAGACAUCAGCAAACUUACGGAGAUCACGGUUUGGGUGGACGCAGGCACUCAGAUUUUGUUCUCAUGCUCCAUCGGCCUGGGCACGUUGACGGCGCUAGGUAGCUACAACAAGUUCACACAUAACUCCUACAGGGACUCUGUGAUCUUCUCCGCUGUGAACUCAGGCACAUCCUUGCUGGCAGGCCUGAUUGUGUUCACGUGCCUGGGGUUCAUGGCCAAGCAACAGCGACGAUCUAUUGCUGAAGUGGCUGAAUCUGGUCCAGGACUAGCAUUCAUUGCCUACCCGAAAGCUGUGGCCCAAAUGCCGGUUGCCUCGGUAUGGUCCCUGUUUUUCUUCUUAAUGAUCAUCCUCAUUGGACUUGACAGUCAGUUUGUGGGCGUGGAAGGUGUCAUCGCCACAGUCGUUGACCAGUAUCCCCUCAUCCUAAGAAAAAGGUACAGAAAAUUGGGAUUUACAGUCGUCUGCUGCAUCGUCAUGUUUCUGAUCGGCCUUUUGAUGGUCUGCCAGGGAGGCAUGUAUGUGUUUCAACUGUUUGACUACUACUCCGGGAGCCGAAUCAUACUUCUGGUGGCAUUGUGUGAACUGGUGGCCAUUGCCCAUGUCUACGGUAUUCAUCGCUUCUCCGAUAACGUCAGGAUGAUGAUCGGCGAGUCGUGGUUGAGUCACACCAUCCCAUACCUGCAAGUCUGUUGGGCCGUGAUUUCUCCAUUUUUCUGUGUUGUAGUGUUUGCAAUGAGUAUCAUCAACUACUCAGAUCUGUCCUAUCGAAGGGCCAAUGGUCGGGUCUAUAACUACCCGGUCUGGGGCAUAACCAUUGGCUGGUUGCUGGCGGGAACCUCCGUCGUCUGCAUUCCACUGGUAGCCGCUUUCAAGUUUGUCAAGUACGGUACUUCUUAUGAGAUCUUGAAGCUUCUGAUGGUGCCAUAUCACCUCCACAAGCAUCAGAAGAGACCUCAAGACUACGGUGAGAGGUCACUGUGGGAAUACGAGACGGAACGGGGGCACUACAAAAUGUCUGCUCAAAUGCCUGAAAAUGCCACGAAUAACAGUGGCGGUUAUGUUUCAGAACACUGCGAAAUGUUCGUUAAAGUAUGA